UAAUGCGCCGUUCGAACGCGACCAUCUGGAAGCCCGAAACGCGAUUUCGUGGUGUUUUUUGGGAGUGUAGCCCGCGUGCGAUAUGCUGAUAUGCGCGAAAAUGUGUUAAUGAUGUGACGAAAGCAUAGUUCGAUUAGUGCAUUAAAUGGGAUAUUUUAUGAAGGGUAAUAAAUGAGAGGAAGUACUCUCGCCGCAAGAGGAAGCAAGUGGCAAAGUGUCCGUUGCCAAUUGUUUUGUGGUCAUGCUCUUUAUGUGGUUUGCUGGUACGGCAUUGUCAAUGGAGUGGAAUCUAUUGGUGCAUUUCCCAACGAUAAUAUCGGCGUAUCGUUUUUUAUGUUUCGAUUAACAACGGAGUGGCGUUACAUAAAAAUAUCAUUAACAGCUAUCGAUUCGUGGGUGUGAAAUGAAAAAAUAAGUGUAACGAAACUCAUUAUGGAAAUAACACAUGAGUGCAUUAACAUGUGAGAGUGAUCUGUGUUUGAAGUGAAACAACAUAUAGCGUGACAGAGGAGAAGACAACAGAAUUCGUUAGCGCGGUGGGUUUUCAAUUGUGGCUGCGGAGGCGUUGAUUGAUGAUUAAUUUUGUCCGGGAAAGAAACAUGGCCAAAGAUUGGCACCACCGGGAGAACCGGUUGUCACGCCAGAGACCACCUCCGCGACUUAUGGCGUCAGCUAAUUCUCACCGUCGAGGUAGUAAUGUCAUCGUUAGUUCGAGGCAUCAAUCAAGAUUCCACGCAAUCCUGUACGUAUUCGCCUCUCUAAUGACAAUCACAACCCAGGGAGCCGAGUUCAUGACAGCGGGAAUCGCUGGUGGUGGUCCGCCUUCAUACAUCAACACCCCUUUGGAGAAUCAGAACUCCUCAUCCACGACAACAGUGCUCGGUUCAGUCAGAGAUCACUCAAUGCAGCAUCUAGUUAAUGACAGCAACACAAACCAAAGAGAAUCGGAAAACGCUAAGCAAGGAUUUGGAAUCACUUGGAAUGCAAUGAAGUACGUCAAUAAGGGCGAUCAGGGUAAGAAACGCUACGAGAAGAAGCCACCCGCGAAAGGUGCGAUCGUAGAUAUGGCUGAUUGGAAGUGUCCUAACAUCAGCCAAAAUUCCAAUCUCGAGUGUGGCUGUGAUUUACCACACACGCUGCGAUGUCGGGGUGACCUCCACGGAUUGGAACUGAUCGCCGAAGGACUGAGAGCUUCCAGAUAUUCGGUUUCGCUGCUCGAUUGUACCCUGAAGAAUGUGACAGUUAUCAGCGAUGCGAAUAUUUUCGAAAACGUUUCCCUGCAAGGUUUGGUCAUAUCUUCCGGUGAGAUUAAACGUGUUCAUAGGUUGGCCUUCGGAGGAAUGAAAACUUCAUUGCAAGCAUUGGGUUUGCCCAAUAACGCACUAGCAUCGGUCCCAAUGCAAUCACUCGCGUCGCUACCAGCACUAGAUCGUUUGGAUUUAUCGAACAACAGAAUCAAAGCGAUCCAGAACACGGACUUCUUCUCACUGACGAAGUUGUCUUACCUGGAGCUGAGCGAGAAUCAAAUAUCACUCAUAACAACGAAAAGCUUGCUACCCUUGCGGAAUUUAAUCCACCUCAAACUGAAUGGCAACCGACUCGGUGAGUCCCCGGAAAGCUUGCUAGCACUCGAAGCGUGCCUAAAUCUGAGAGAGUUGGAUCUUCGAUCCAACACCAUUCGAGGACCGUUGAGAAAUACCACGCUUCCCGUCAUCAAGAGCCUAGAGAUUUUAAAUUUGGACAAAAACUCGAUAACCAGUAUUCAAAACGGAGCUAUCGAAGGUUUCUCCUAUCUUCAAAUGCUCUCGCUUCGAUACAACCAGAUCGAUGUGCUGCAAGAUCACGCCUUCUCGGGGCUGGCUUCGCUACAGGUUCUGGAUCUCGGCCACAAUGGCAUCGUUGCCAUAUCUGGUUCGUCUCUUAAGCACUUGCCGCGGUUGAUAGUCCUGGAUCUCACCCAUAACUUCCUGCGUGCUUUGACAGCAGAUAUCGUUUCGCCGCUCCCUUCACUCAAGGAACUCCGUCUGGAUGGAAACGACAUCUCUAUAAUCGCCCAAAAUGCUCUCUACAAUGCGCUGCAGCUCCACAGUCUCUCGCUGGAGAACAAUCCGCUGGCAUGCGACUGUUCGAUGAAACCCUUUGCCGAGUGGCUUGCCACCUCACAAAUCGCCGCUCAGGAUGUUCUUGGAGCCGUCUGUGCGACUCCGCCACAUUUGGAGGGGGCAGCUUUGCUGCAAAUAGCAGCGGAAACGAUGAGCUGUAACGGAAAUGGGAAAGACAAGUCUGAUAAGAGUGUUUUCAAGACGAUUGAGGUUAUACUGAAGCUGAAGAACAAUAUGUCUUACGUGAAGGAUAUCGGCACCGAAGUUCAGCUGAAGGGCAUCAACUUCACCGAUGAGAGCGACGUAUUUCUGUACUGGGGGAUGCAAACGGAUGACUACUCAUGCCGGUUUGUGUACACCUUUCACGAUGAUGAUCCGGAGAAUAUUCUGUAUAACUCGGAGGUGUCCUGUAAGCUGACACCCGAGACGGCGAACGCUACAGAUUACAUCUUCAUAACCAAACUCGUUGGAGCCUACGAUCUGCAAAGUGAAUUGAGCUACAAGUUCUGCCUUAUUAUGAAAGAAGACAUAUCGAAGGACGAAUAUCUGGGAGCAUGUAAAACGGAAAUCCUCCCGGCGCCAUACAUCAACCGAGUCAAAUCCAAAUCCAUAAAGAAGGAAUUGUUUUCCGGCAGUGGAGUCCGCUCGAGAAGCAGUGGUGCCAGCGAGAGUGACAUAUCGGAUCUCUCGCGAAUGGCGGAAGCUUCCCGACAGGACGACGAAGCGGACGAUGCCGGUUCGUACUACGAUGAGGUACUGCUGAGUCGUAUGGCCGAUGAUCCUGAGCUGGCGCUCAACCGAAUGCGACUGGAGGAAGCGGCUGCUGCGAGGCUUCCCUCGGUUGGCGUUAGUCGAAUUGUGCUGGAAGGGCUGGCGGCCAUCAUUAUAGUUACGAGCCUAAUGGCUUUCAUUUGGGGCUUCAUCAGACUGAAAGCUGGCCGUAAUAAUAUCCCCUCGAUGAGUACGUGCUACGCGGUCGACGCCAGGAGAGCAACGCUACACGAUGUAGAGAGCAGGAGUCGGUACUUUAAGCUACAGGCAACUACUAGUUUAUGAUAGGCCAUAGGACUAUGAAUAGAAAAAGCACUGUUGAUUCGAACUAACAUUCCUAAUCCGGAGAUGAUAAUUUGUUGAAAGUUGUUUUAGGAUUUUAUUUAUUUAUUUCGUAGUUCUGAUGCCCAGUUCGAAUAGUGUAUAUUCAGAUUUGUAAAUAUGUGCAACGUUACUGUAAUUAAUGCUUAAGUGUUGGGUUAAGUUUUUCGAACGCAUAUGAUAUAGAAAUAAACUACUAAUUGUUACUCACUGUGCAGCAAAUGCUAGAUUUCGAAGUACACCUAUUGUGCCAUUUUGUAAAACAAACUCUUUGUAAAUAAAUACAGACAAUAAAUCAACAUAUUCCACAAUAUGACAGAAAACUGAA